CCAGAAGUGCCGGUCGGGGCAAAUAAUGUACUUGCGUGCUGAAGAAACGGAGUAACAGAAGAUAACUGUAAAUACAUUCACGCGUGGAGUAUAAACAGGACCGUAUUUUCUCCCACCUCACACAACAGCAGCAUGGAUACAGAGGGAUUUGGGGAGCUCCUGCAGCAGGCAGAGCAGCUGGCUGCUGAGACCGAAGCAGUGUCUGAACUUCCUCACGUCGAAAGGAACCUUCAGGAGAUCCAGCAGGCGGGGGAGAGGCUUCGAUCCCGCACCCUGACCCGCACCUCCCAAGAUGCUGCAGACGUAAAAGCGUCCAUCCUCCUUGGUUCCAGAGGUUUAGACAUCUUCCACAUUUCUCAGAGGCUAGAAAGUCUCAGCGCUGCCACCACGUUUGAGCCCCUGGAGCCAGUCAAAGACACGGACAUACAGGGCUUCCUGAAGAACGAGAGGGACAACGCCCUCCUGUCCGCCAUCGAGGAGUCUCGCCGCAGGACGUUCCUGCUGGCUGAAGAGUACCAUCGGGAGUCGAUGCUGGUUCAGUGGGAGCAGGUGAAGCAGAGAGUGCUGCACACGCUGCUGGGAGCAGGAGAAGACGCUCUGGACUUCAGUCAAGACGUGGAGCCCAGCUUUGUGAGUGAGGUGACCGCUCCAGGAAGAAGUGCACUGGACAGCGUGGAGGUGGCCUACGGACGCCAGAUCUACAUUUUCAAUGAGAAGAUCGUGAACGGUCACAUUCAGCCUAAUCUGGGAGAUUUAUGUGCUUCGGUAGCAGAAAGCCUGGACGACAAGAACGUGUCAGAGUUGUGGCUGAUGGUGAAGCAGAUGACAGACGUGUUGUUGGUUCCAGCCAAAGACACUCUGAAGAGUCGCACUAGUGUUGAAAUGCAAAUGGCCUUUGUGCGCCAGGCACUUGCUUUCCUUGAGAACAGUUAUAAAAACUACACCAUGGUGACCGUCUUUGGGAACCUCCAUCAGGCCCAACUAGGAGGGGUGCCUGGAACGUACCAACUAGUGCGCAGCUUCCUCAACAUCAAGCUACCAGGGCCUCUGCCUGGCAUGCAGGUACCACACGUGUAUACACUGUUUAAAUGUUGGGCUAAUAAAGAGCCUGCAACACAAUGUGACAUCAACGACAACCACGGAGAGAUAGCAGACAAGACUGAGGACUACCUCUGGCUUAAGCUGAACCAGGUGUGCUUCGAUGAUGACGGCAGCAGCUCUCCUCAGGACAGACUCACCCUGCCACAGCUACAGAAACAGCUGCUGGAAGACUACGGAGAGUCGCAUUUUUCUGCGAGCCAGCAGCCCUUCCUGUAUUUCCAGGUGUUGUUCCUGACGGCUCAGUUUGAGGCGGCGGUGGCUUUCUUGUUUCGAGUCGAGCGACUCAGGAGUCACGCCGUGCACGUGGCGUUGGUCCUGUAUGAGCUACGGCUGCUGCUGAAGUCCACCGGUCAAAGCGCUCAGCUACUGAGCCAGGAGCCCGGGGACCCUCCCAUGGUGCGUCGGCUCAAUUUUAUCCGCCUGCUGAUGCUCUACACUCGCAAGUUUGAGUCCACGGAUCCACGAGAAGCGCUGCAGUAUUUCUACUUCCUGCGCAAUGAGAAAGACAACCAGGGCGAGAACAUGUUCAUGCGCUGUGUCAGCGAACUCGUUAUUGAGAGUCGAGAGUUCGACAUGCUUUUGGGGAGAUUGGAGAAGGACGGCAGUAGGAAGGUGCGUCACAACCUGUCUGAGGUGCUGUUGGCCACCAUGAACAUCCUCUACACACAGUACAAACGCCUGAAGGGGGCGCCAGCUGGCACACCGGGACGGCCACAGAGGACCAUGGAGGACAGAGACACGGUGAGGAAAUGAGCACAGCACUAAAGACGUGUGUUUAUAGGUAGAUCUGAACCUAACGCAGUCUGUUUUUAUACAAAGAUCCAUUUACUUUAAAUAUUUA